AUGUUGCAGAAAUACCAUAUAUUAUAAAAUUUAAGAAAGAAAUCAAAAACUUAAAAAACAUAUACAUAAGUUAUAUAAGAUGAAGAAAUGAUAAUAAAUGAAGAAUAAAAAAAAUAAUAUUUAAAAUUUUAGAGUGAAAUAAAAUUGGAAAUUAUACGAACAUUUUCAAAUACAAUAAUAUUGUUAAAUCUUAACAAUAAUAAAAUAAUCCUUUAGUUUCUUUGA